UUUCUGAGCUCUAUCUGGGUCCGGUUUAGUCCUCAUGGAGCUCAUCUGAACUCCAAUCUCUUAUCUCCUCCACUCAAGGAGCUCAUGGGUCAGUUCCCAAUCCCAUCAUCAUCAACCUCCAAUCUCCCAACUCCCUCAUCCGUGACCACCAUCAUCAACAGCCACCUCCAUCAAAAACCUCAACAACGGCAUCAACACCUUCACAUCACCAAUCCCAUUACACCCACAAGAAGAGCUUUAACCUUCUCCUUAAUCCCAACAGUCCUUUUUCCUCCCUCAUCCUCUUCAGCUUCUUCACUUCCUAAACAGACAACAACCCCUUUGGAGCCUUACAUUGAUAACGCAAAUGGGUUUUCUCUCCUUAUCCCUUCUUCUUGGACUAAGGUUGAGAAAGCUGGAGCUACUGCACUUUUUGAAGAAGAAGGGAAAGGGAGUAGUAAUAAUAUUGGGGUUGUGGUUAGUCCUGUUAGGCUUGCUUCCUUGAGGGAUUUUGGGAGUCCACAGUUUGUUGCUGCCAAGCUCAUUCAAGCUGAGAGGAAAAAGGAAAGCACAAAGCAAGCUGAAGUCGUAUCCUUUACUGAAAGACUAGGACACAGUGAUCUGCCGAUAUAUGAGUUCGAGUACACGGUAGAUAGCACUCGAGGAGGGAUGAAGAGGAUAUUCUCAGCUGCGUUCGUUACCUCGAAAAAACUUUAUCUUCUCAAUAUUUCUCACUCAGACAAACCUGACAACCCCUUGGACAGCAAAACUCGAACAGUCCUAGAACAAGUUCUUCAUUCUUUUGAUACUACAUUGUAGCAAGAAGCAAAUCACUUGCCUUUUCUUUUACCCUUCCAUUUCAAUUGUAGCUUGUUCUUCAAACAUCAUAAGCCGAAGCAGGGAGUUUCAAAUGCAAAUGCAAUGAGUUGUUUGGAACAAUUUCAGGUCUGGCUUGAAAUAACUUUUCGAGAUUACUAUAUUCUGAUGCUUUAGAUAAAGAUUUUUUGAAUAUUUGAUGGUGCAUGUUAAGCUUGGAUGUCUGAAGUUGUAGCUUAUCUUCGUACCGAAGGAUUGACAAAGAUAUCUUGUCGCAUAUUUGAAUUGUAUCGUUAUGCAUAGUUCUUGAUGUAAUUUAGGAUCAGUCUAUAUCAAACUGUUCUUUAUUGUUUCGCA